AUGCCAUUUCCUCCGGAUGAACCAACGUGGGCUGCUUUGCUUAGCGCUUGUAAGCGCCAGGGACAAGGUCAAAUGGGUGUCAGAAUCGCGGAUUAUCUCUUAAGAAGCUUUAAACCGAAAAAUCCGUCGACUUGCAUACUUUUAUCAAACAUCUAUGCAAGUGCUUCUUUGUGGGGAAAAGUAUUAGAAGCAGGAAGGAAACUAGGAGACAUGGAAGUUAGGAAAGAUCCAGGGUACAAUAGCGUGGAAGUCAGGAAAGAAACCGCCGGAGAAACAUCUAUCCUCUAA